GUUCUCUUCAUCAAAACUCUCUCUCGCUUUUUUUUUCCUCCUUUGUUUUGUUGUUUAAUCGGCCGAUCAUCAAUCUCAUCACCUUUUCUGUUCCCUCUCCCGGCGAAUUCAAAUCUCUCCGAUCUCUCUCUCUCUUUCAACUUUUUCACUCGUUGCUGUGUUAAAUGCCAGUUGUGAAACCUGUGAGCAGUAUUAUUGAUGUGAUGAGACCGGGUGAGGGGAAUGAUUCUUCCCUAGAUACAUUCAUCAGGGAUGCCAUUGGAAAACAACCGCUUCUUUCUUUUUCAAGGCCGAAUGAUAACCCUGUUCAGUGGAUCCAAUUACUCCAUGCUCUCGAUCAACCAGAUUACCCAGGUUGGCCUUUGCUCACUCCUUUGAAGGCGCAGAUGCAAAAGUGCAGCAAGUGUUCCCGAGAAUUUUGUUCUUCCAUUAACUAUAGAAGACACUUGCGGGUUCAUCAUCGAUUGAAAAGACUUGAUAAGGAUUCUGCCAAAAAUAGGGACUUGUUAGGAGCAUUUUGGGAUAAGCUCUCUGAGGAUGAGGCAAAGGAAAUCUUAUCAUUCAAGGACGUGACUUUUGAGGAAGUUCCAGGGUCUUCAAUUAUAAGGUCAUUGAUGACAGUUAUCCGGAAACCAGGGAUCUCUUCACUUACUCAAUCUUGUUGGAGAGCUGGUUCUGCCCUUUUGGAUCUUGUCCAGGGGAGGCCCUCCAGGUUUCCUUUGUCUUCUGGACAGCUAUUCAGUAUUCUUGAUGAUGCAAGUGAGAAAACGUUAUUGUGUGGAACAGCUGUAUUAAUACAAAAAUAUAUUUUUGAUGGUGGGGCUGGGAAGAUUGGGCUUGAAACAAAGAAUAUAGUUGCUUGCACAAGCUUUGUGGUGGAACAGAAAUUGAUUAACGCAUGGCUUGCAGACCAGGAUGCAGAAGCUUUGAGGUGCCAAAAGUUGCUUGUGGAGGAGGAGGAGGCUGCACAGAGAAGGCAAGUUGAACUCCUGGAAAGGAAGAGGCAGAAAAAACUGAGGCUCAAAGAACAGAAAGAGAAGGAGCAAAGGCUAGAUGAUAAGGAGUGUAUCGAAGACAUGCUGGAGGCUGUGCCUCAAGCUGAACAAUCCUGUCCUUUGGCUAUAUCUGAUUCUGAUACGCUUGGUUCAGAGAUUCUGCCAGAUGAUGUUCCCUCAUUUCUUGAACCCUUACAACUACCAAGAACAGAUGAAGAUUUUGAUUUGGAAAAUCAGAUGGGAUGUGGUGGUGGACGGUCGAUGUUACAAGGAAAGAGUCAUAUGCAUAUUGUUGUUGCUCGAUGGCAUGGUCCUUCAAAAUCACAGCGGAAUCAUCUGUCAUAUGGUUUCCAUGCUAAUCAAAAUUCUCACGCCCCAAAACCUGGCACCAUACAGAAGCAUGGAAAUCAAAGGGAUUUUAAGCCUGGACCUGUAAUGAAUGGCAACAGAAAAUGGAGCCGAAAACCUAAACCAGAAUAUAAUGGGGAGAGUUUGAAAGCUAGAAUGCAAAAGGAAGUAAUAAACGUACUGGAUCAUGAUAAGAAGGGGGAGGUUCUGAUCGGUUCUAUAUCGGUCACACUUGGAGAUUGCAGCCAUGAUGAAGGUAACAAUUUGGAUGGAGCCCGAGAUGAUUGCCUGGUAGACCAUGAAAUUCUAAAGAAGAAAAAUGUGCAGGAGAAGCACAACAGACCUGAUUCGGUUCAAUAUGGCACAAAUCAUUCAACAGUAAAGCUUUGGAGGCCUGUUAGUCGAAAUGGAUCGAAAGAUCUAAUGCUAGUUGAAAAUGGCAGAAGAGAAUGCCAACAUGACAACAUUGAUGGGAAGGGUGAGGAUCAGAACUUCAAUGACAGCUCUCUAAGAUCAUGUGCCAUGGACAAUAAUUUUGGUGGGAUGGAAAAUGGUUCCUUACCUGGAGGGCUUCUACCAGGAGUCUUGCAGCUUACAAGCCAUGAAGCAAGGGCUUUUCUUGCAGAGAGGUGGAAGGAGGCCAUUGCUGCUGAACAUGUGAAAUUGGCUCUAUCCCCAGACUAUCAAAUUGCUACAAAUCAUUCAUCGGAUACAAGUAAGCACAACGAUAUCAGCAGUGCAGAAAAUCAGUUGGUUAAUGUGGAGGCACAGGAGCCUUUGACUUCUGGAGCUGGUAGAGCCAAGUAUAAAACAAAGCCUGAUAAUGGUGUCAAGUUAAAGUAUAUACCGAAACAAAGAACGAUCAUUUAAUAUAAGAUGGAGAAGAGAAAGGGAUAUUUUUAUUUUAUGGAUGUGCACAGUAUUAUCAUUGUUGCAUUCUUAGCAGAGGUUCCAGUUUUACCGAUGGUCUUCUGUCAGAAAGUUGAAGAAAGGUUUCGCCCUUUUUGGCUAUUCUGCCUUUUUUUUUUCCUGUCAUAGAAAACUAAACUUAGGUAUUUUUGGAUUAAUAGUCCAAAUUUUUGUGUAAUAAAUUUUGUUUUCUUGGCAUUGCUUCGUUCCUCCUCGUGGGAUUCCUUUUUGGUGGCCUGGCAACUAUUCAGCAGAAAAAUGGAGCCUAAAUGUGGACUAGCGAAAAGUAGCUAUGUAUUCAUUUUUGGCCUUUGUUCAUUAGUUGAUAUAGACU